AUGGUGGGUGUUUCCACUAUGUCGAAGGUGGUGCUUCUCUCUGAUGAUAAGGCAGGAUUCUCCAUGAUCGAACAGUUGGUUCCAGAGAUGACGACCCACAUUCUUAGUUUCUUGGAUUACUCCAGUCUCUGCAGUUUGUCGAUGACCAGUUCCUUGAUGGGGAAGACCGCUAAUGACGAUAACCUUUGGAAGUCCCUUUAUCACCAGGAUUUUCAAGAGGAAGAAGGUACUGUAACCCCGUUUAACAGGUGGAAGGCAUACUAUGCAGCUACUAAAACACUCAUGAAUGCGAAUUUUGAAUUCGUCAACAUCAUGACCGCGAAGUCACUUCCCAGGAUGAGUCGACUCUGGCUUACUGCACACUGGGUGACGUGCUUCAGUGAUUCGGGCAAACGUUACACAGGGUACGAGGCAGUGAUGGAAAGAUUGGAGGAUUUGUUCGAUAGCUGGGAGUUUUGGUUUGAUUUUGAUGCCUUUGAUGUCGAGGCCCGGAUUCGGACCGAAUGGGCUUGGGUCACCAUGUUCACUUCCCAUCACGUGGCUGUCGACGGUCCAUUGCGCAUCACCAAUGUGUUUGAACUCCACGAUAACCGGUGGUUCAUGGUGCACCAUUACUGCUCGAUCGUCCCCACGGGCGGUGCGGAGGAUAAUGAAUAG